CGUGAAUAUAUAUAGUGACCAUAACCACCAAAUAUAAAUAAAUAUAAAAUGGAUCUUUUUGUUGUAAACAGAUACGAGGGUGACGAGUCUGAGCGUCCUGAGUCCCCUCAAGACCACCUCUCAGAGCUGCUAAAAAAGAUAGAGCUCCGAAAGCAGCAGAAAUCAGCAAUUCCCCCCGAAACCCCCGAGGAAGAGCCCCCCAGGAAGAAGAAAAAGCGCAAGAAAUCGACUCCCCUGAUCCCCACAGACGAAACCUCACCCCCUCCUUCGGCGUCUGGAGCCCCUGAGGUCCCCUCCCCAGCCCCUCCCAAAGUGCAGAAUAAAAAAGAGCCAGCAGGAGCCAACAAUUUCACAAUCCUGGGAGUUCCAUCAAAACAAAAACCUAAAGCAGUGGCGAGAGUCCUUCCAGAAUGGCUGGCCCACCCCGAGAUAAUCUCAGCUGAUCUAUCAACAGGUCCAGAUGUCGAUGAGCUCAGGGGAAAGCUCGACGACAGAUUGAUCGACAUUUUGAAGUCGAAUGGAGUGAAGAGGCUCUUUCCAGUGCAGGCAAAUCUCAUCAAUUGGAUGUUGAAAUGCAGUGAGGACAGGGUGAUGGGAUUUUGGCCACGAGACACAUGUGUUUCAGCCCCCACUGGCAGUGGCAAGACCCUGGCAUAUGUUCUGCCGAUAAUUCACCAGCUGAGGAACAGAUUUGUGCAGAGGAUCAGGUGCCUGGUGGUCCUCCCUGUCCAGGAGCUGGCGGCUCAGAUCUUCAAGGUCUUCCAGACCUACGUCUCAACGACGGAUUUGAAGGUGGGGUUGAUAUCUGGAGCGAGCUCCUUCGAGGCUGAACAGGAGAAUCUAGUCGAGAGGACGAUGAGGGGGGAGCUGGUCAGUCGAGUGGAUAUUGUUGUGGCUACUUCUGGGAGAUUGGUGGAUCACAUACUGAAGACCGAAGGAUUCUCGUUGGAGGUGCUGGAGUUUCUGGUCAUUGAUGAGGCUGACAGGACCACUGAGUGGCUCAGGCAUAUCCCAAUGCCCCAUCGGUGUCCACCGACUUUGACUCUUAGGAAUUGGAGGGCCUGUAAAAUCCCACCAGCCCAAAAAUUACUAUUCUCCGCAACAUUAUCCCAAGAUCCCGAGAAAUUGAGUCGUUUGGGGCUGUUUCAUCCAAUUCUCUUCACAUCAGUUGUGAUAACAGACAAAGACGAUGAUGUAGAUCUUGACAAGGAAACUGGUGAAUUUGUGGGAAGAUACACAAGUCCAAAUGAAUUGAUUGAGCGUGCGGUCGAGUGUGCACCUGAAUACAAACCAGUUGCACUAGUUAAAUUGAUCACGUCUCGACAGCCAAUUGAGAAGACCCUGGUAUUUACCAAUUCUGGGGAAGCUUCACAUCGGCUUGCUGUACUUCUGAGGUUCAUGCUGGCGGAUAAAAAUGCUGUUGUUGACGAGUUGUCGGCUAAAUUGCAGUCGAAACAGAGGACUGAGAUGUUGGAGAAGUUUUCUGAGGGGAAGAGUCAAAUCUUGGUGAGUUCAGAUGCAUUGGCAAGAGGGAUGGACAUAGCAGGAGUUAAAUUAGUCGUAUCCUAUGAUCUACCAAAGCACAUAAAGGGCUACAUUCACAGAGCUGGACGUACUGGACGCGCUGGAUUACCAGGAACUGCUAUUUCAAUACUCACGUCCAAUCAGGUUUCUGUCUUCUCUCGAAUGCUCACUGCUGCCCACAAAGCAUUACCUCCCAUUGACCAGUUUGAAUCGCUUGAGUCCGUUGCUGAGGCUAUGAAUUAUCAGGCGCAUGUGGAGAAACUCAAGGAAUUUAUUGAGAACGAGAGAACAAAGGAAAUUAAACGGAUCAAAGCAAGGCGCAAACGUGGACGUAAAAAUUAAUUAAAUCAUUGUAAAAUGCUCCGACACUCGACGAUGUAAGAUUGAUAAUAAAAAACAGUGUUUCAACAUCGA